GGAGGAGGGAGGCGCGCGUGUGGUCGGGCGGGCGCCCCUCGGCCCGGGAGCCCCGCGUCCCGCGGUCGCCGGCGUGGUCGGCCCCCUUUGUCCCCGCCAUCCGGCGCAGGGCCCGGGAGGGCCGGUUUCCCGGUUCCUCCCCGCCUGCCCCGCCGCCGCCCCCACCCCCCAGACAAAAGUCAGCCCCCCCCCCCCCCCGCAAAAUGGACUUUCCAGCUGUGAUUCACUUCUCCCCUCGGGUGGGCGGGUGGCUGGGGUCGGGACGCGGAGGGACCGCGCACUUCCUCCCCGAGCCGUCAACCUCAGCCGCCGGGAGCAGAGGUCUUUGUGUCGCCGGGACCCUUUUCCUCCGCCCUUGCGGCCCUGAGCACACCUGCUUCUGGAACAGGGGGUCUCAGGUCCCCGUCCCUGUCUGGCCCGCCCGCUUCCGAGCCCCAGUUCUCCCAGCCCUGAAACCGCGCCCGCCGCACUUUGCCUCCAACCCUCCUCCUCUCCCCUCUCCUGUCUUCGUCUUGAGACCCAUUCACCUACCACUUCAGAGCCUGGGCUGCGAUUAUCCUUGGCCCGCACUCCUCCCCAAGUGUCCUUUAUUCCUUCUGUGUACCCUGGCGCUCUCUCAAAGGCCAUGACCUCUGCACACCCCAGACCCCAGGAAGUGAGGUGGAGAUGAGAAAGUUAGAGCUGGGAGCGCAGGCCCGCGGGCGGGGCCCCUCCCAGCUUCGGGGCCGGCCGAGCACACUGUACCCAUUAUCAGGAGGGCCAGGACCCCGCCAAUGGCUGGUUUAAUCUCCAGCCUCCCUAUGAUCCCGGUGUCCUGCCCCGGGUCCCAGUCUGUGCUUGUCACCAGCGCUGUUCUCCGGGAAAGGGGGCAGUACCCUUUGGGAGCCCAGGAAGAUGGUGGAACGCCCUCCCCAUACCUCCCUCCUAGCUCCUAGCCUGGCUGCCUAUCUUGAGGCUGAGUUAGGAGGGGUUCCAUCCUGGAACUUCUCCUUUAGGGGCUGGGAUGAGCUUCUGCCAACAGGAAAGCAACCAGGGAUUUGAGUAGGGCCUAAGACAGGAAGUGUGCUGGAGCAGGGGGUGGCCGCCGGGCUCUGGUUAGGCUCGGGCUCCGCUCCUCUCACCCCUGCCCGGGCCAGGUCCCAGCCCUGAAAGUCUGUUUAUUUUUCGGCCGUUGGAGCUGAGACCCUGGAGUAAAGCCAGCGGGGGCAGAGAGGUUUUAUGAAACCACGGAAAUUUGGUUCUACCCUAAAAAGGAAAGCCAAGAGGGAGCCGUUGGGGGCAGACCUGGAGAAGGGCUCUGAGAGGGUAGAUACUGGGGUCUUUUUUCAUGGGGAGGAGCUGGGGGGCCAGAUACCUGGGUCCUCAUGCCUUGUGUUUUUGGUGAUGGGGGGACCAGGACUCCCGAAGCUUGGCUCUUUCUGUCCUGGGCCGGCCCUGGUUUGGGGAGUGGGGGGUUUGGGGGGGGACCGAGUGGGUGGAUCUGAGGGCAAAGCGCCGCUGGAGGAGGCUGGAGGAGGGCGGCUGUCGGUUUGGGUUGGUCGGAAGGGGAGGGCCGCCUCCGGAAAGCUGUGGUUACAGAAGGGGGGAGUUGGUGCUUGGCCAACAAACCCUGGAUCCCCUCUCCCCCUCCCCCAGCACACCAGCUGUCUCUUUUCUUUUUAUACUGUGGUGGGAAGUGGAGGGGGGCCUGUUGGAAAUGAGAUUGUUUGAGGAAGAUGGUCUCCCCUGGUACCUGUUUGGAAGGCUGGGUUAGACCAAGCCCUGAGACCACACACCUGCCCCUUUCCUUGCCUGACACCCUGGAGCCUCCUUAGAGAAGGAGAAAUGGGGGGGGGUGUACCCCUUCCCCCCAUCCUCACCAAGGUGGACUGUGUGGCCCCUUCCCCACGCUUCUCUUCUUGUCACCCCUUCCUCUCCACUCCUCAUUCUCUCUGCUCUGCUUCCUACCUUCCCAGGCCCAAACCCCAUAGGCGCCUUUCCCUCUGGCCCCCUGCUCUUCCACCUCCUCCGCCAAAUCCUAAUCUUCAUAUCUCCCAGAACAAAGGGUCCUUUCCUGUCUAGGAGUGUGCAGGGGCCUCCAGGAUGGUCCAGGAGGCUGGGGUCCCCGUGGAGUCUCCAGGACCCCAGCCCUGGAGCGUGCAGGGCAGGUGGAAUGGGAGAGAGGGAGAGGCGAUUUCUUUGUUCUGAGUAAGGAGAGGUGGCUGGCUUUGUGUGCAGGACGGACUGGGAGAGGCGCCGGAGCCAGAGAGGAGGGGUGGGUGAGCAGGGAGGGGCUGGCAGUUUUGCCAGAAAGUUUGGCAGGAAUUGGGGGUCCCUAGGAGGUUGCAGCUUGUAGGGGCACAGGAAGAGGUGCUGGAGGUCAUGGCGUUCUGGACAGAGCUGAGGUGGGGCAAGUUCCAGAGAGCUGCAGGUGCGGGGUGGGGGGUAUUGUGUCUGGGGAAGGCUCCCCUCCCACCCCCCAGCAGAGGGCUGAGACAGGGACCUGAGCUCAGGCCUGGCUUCCCUGGGACUGACCUUGGAUCCGGGAGGGGACAGGUGUGAAUGUGUGACUCCCAUGCGCGCGUGGGACCUGUGUGUUGGGCGGUGUGUCUGUCUGUCCCCAGACGUUCCGGGUUACUGUUUCAAGCGGUGGUCACCAGAUUUAAGGGUCCUGCUUUCUGGAAGUGUUUCCAUUUUGAGUUCCUGUCUCCGGCGCGAGGGCCGUCUGGAGCCUGAGCGGGCAGAUUGGUCAGGGCUCCCGGAGCCGGUGAGAGGAACGGCCGGAGGAGCUGGCCGGACCCUUCUGGUUUGUUUGUGUCUCUGGGGGCGGCAGUGUGGGCGGCCGCCACCCCCUCCCGAGUCAGCGGCCUGCCCUGUGCCAGGAGGGCAGGGAGGCCUGGUGGCCAUUGUUUGCCCGCACAAGCGCCUGUCUGUUUGCCUCCCCCCUCCCCUCCGCCUCUCUCUCCUGACCCGACAGGUGUGGCCGGGCAGGGGGCAGGCUGGGAGCCAGGAGGCCUGGGUCUCCGCUCCCCGAGGCCCCGGGCGCCCCUCUGGUGCUUGGCCGGUGCGCCCGCCCCAUUGUCUGGGGCUCAUCCUCUUUCAUCCAGCAAGUGUUUAGUAAGUGCCUUUGUGCGCUCCGCGGGGCUUUUCGUCUCGGUUCUGGCUUUGGCACUCGCGCCUCCGGUGGGCCACCUUCUCCCCGGCCUCUGCUGUCACCUUGUUCCUGGAAGCCGGUGCAGAGCAGAGCCCGGCUGAGGCCAUCCUGAGCCCGGGGACCCACUUGUCUCCCCAGUUCCCGGCCCCGAGCUCCACCCCAGGACUCAGGGCCCUUCUCAGCCCACAGCCGCGCCCCAGCUGGUCAGGGGCUGGGCCACAGGUGACAAAUCCCAGUGCAGCCCCAGUGCGCCCCAGCAGGAGCGCAGAGGCCUCCCCAUCUUGGGGAAGGGGCAGAGGGAGCACGGGUGACUCUGAGCCCUGCGAGCCGAGGCCAUGGUAUGUUCGCCCCUGGUGGAGGAGCGGGCCCCGCAGAACUCCUGGGCCUUGCUGCAAUGGGCGUGGGCCCUCAGGGUGAGCUCUGGUGUCGCCUUCUUCACGUCUGUCACACACACAGGAGGCAGAGUGCUGCUGUCCUGGAGCUACAGUGCUCUCGGCCCUUCGCCCGAAUUUCUCUGCCCGGCUCGACUGAGAUCUAGAAGGACAAUGGAGGGAACCCUUGGGUUGGCCUCUUCUGGCCUCCGGAGGAAACCCCGCAGGGCCUAAGCUCGAAGGAAGCGGAGGAGGAGCAAGAUGGGGAGACGGGACCCGGGAAAAGGAGAAGAUGAAGGAAGCCAAGGACGCCCGCUAUACCAACGGGCAUCUCUUCACCACCAUCUCAGUCUCGGGCAUGACCAUGUGCUAUGCUUGUAACAAGAGCAUCACGGCCAAGGAGGCCCUCAUCUGCCCCACCUGCAAUGUGACUAUCCACAACCGCUGUAAAGACGCGCUCGCCAACUGCACCAAGGUCAAACAGAAGCAACAGAAAGCCGCCCUGUUGAAGAACAACACUGCCUUGCAGUCUGUCUCCCUUCGCAGUAAGACCACCCCCCGGGAGCGGCCGAGCUCUGCCAUUUACCCCUCGGACAGCUUCCGGCAAUCCCUGCUCGGUUCCCGCCGCGGCCGCUCCUCCUUGUCACUGGCCAAGAGUGUCUCCACCACCAACAUCGCUGGACAUUUCAACGAAGAGUCCCCCUUGGGGCUGCGGCGGAUCCUGUCCCAGUCCACGGACUCCCUCAACAUGCGGAACCGGACCCUGUCUGUGGAGUCCCUCAUUGACGAAGGUGCAGAGGUGAUCUACAGUGAGCUGAUGAGUGACUUUGAGACAGACGAGAGGGACUUCGCAGCUGACUCGUGGAGCUUGGCCGUGGACAGCGGCUUCCUACAGCAGCAGAAGAAGGAGGUGAUGAAGCAGCAGGACGUCAUCUACGAGCUCAUCCAGACGGAGCUGCACCAUGUGCGGACGCUGAAGAUCAUGACGCGGCUGUUCCGCACGGGCAUGCUGGAGGAGCUGCAGCUUGAACCCGGCGUGGUGCAGGGGCUGUUCCCCUGCGUGGACGAGCUCAGCGACAUCCACACGCGCUUCCUCAGCCAGUUGCUGGAACGCCGCCGCCAGUCCCUGUGCUCCGGCAGUACCCGCAACUUCGUCAUCCACCGCUUGGGUGACCUGCUCAUCAGCCAGUUCUCAGGUCCCAGCGCCGAGCAGAUGCGGAAGACCUACUCCGAGUUCUGCAGCCGCCACACCAAGGCCUUAAAGCUCUACAAGGAGCUGUGUGCACGCGACAAGCGGUUCCAGCAGUUCAUCCGGAAGGUGACGCGGUCCGCGGUGCUGAAGCGGCAUGGGGUGCAGGAGUGCAUCCUGCUGGUGACCCAGCGUGUCACCAAGUACCCGGUGCUCAUCAGCCGCAUCCUGCAGCACUCCCACGGGCCCGAGGAGGAACGCCGGGACCUGACCACUGCCCUGGGGCUGGUGAAGGAGCUGCUGUCCAACGUGGACCAGGAUGUGCACGAGCUGGAGAAAGGAGCCCGCCUGCAGGAGAUCUACCAUCGCAUGGACCCGCGGGCGCAGGCCCCGGUGCCCGGCAAGGGCCCGUUUGGCCGGGAGGAGCUCCUUCGCCGCAGACUCAUCCACGACGGCUGCCUGCUGUGGAAGACGGCUACCGGCCGCUUCAAAGACGUCCUAAUGCUGCUGAUGACGGACGUGCUGCUGUUCCUGCAGGAGAAGGACCAGAAGUACAUCUUUCCUGCCCUGGACAAGCCCUCCGUGGUAUCGCUGCAGAAUCUGAUUGUGCGGGACAUCGCCAAUCAGGAGAAAGGGAUGUUCCUGAUCAGCGCUGCACCCCCUGAGAUGUAUGAGGUCCACACAGCGUCCCGGGAUGACCGGAGCACCUGGAUCCGCGUCAUUCAGCAAAGUGUGCGCGUGUGCCCGUCCAGAGAGGACUUCCCCCUGAUUGAGACAGAGCACGAGGCUUACCUGCGCCGAAUCAAGAUGGAGCUUCAACAGAAAGACCAGGCCUUGGUUGAGCUGCUGCAGGAGAAGGUCGGGCUGUUUGCCGAGAUGACCCAUUUCCAGGUGGACGAGGAUGGUGGCGGCUUGACCCUGCCUGCCCUACCCAGGGGCCUUUUCCGCUCCGAGUCCCUGGAGUGCCCCCGCGGAGAGCGGCUGCUGCAGGAUGCCAUCCGUGAGGUGGAGGGUCUGAAAGACCUCCUGGUGGGGCCCGGAGUGGAGCUGCUUCUGACAGCCCGGGAACCAGCCUUGCCCGGGGACCUGGACAGCGGCGGUAGCACGAGUCCUGGGGUCACUGCCAACGGUGAGGCCGGAACCUUCAACGGCUCCACUGAGCUCUGCGGAACUGACUCGGACUCCAGCCGGAAGGUGGGCCUCCCGCAGGACCGGAACGGAAAUCAGCUGAGAGCCCCCCAGGAGGAAGCGCUGCAGCGACUGGUCAAUCUCUAUGGGCUUCUGCACGGCCUCCAGGCGGCCGUGGCGCAGCAGGACACGCUGAUGGAGGCGCGGUUCCCCGAGGGCCCCGAGCGGCGGGAGAAGCUGGCACGUGCCAACUCCCGGGACGGGGAGGCCGGCCGAGCCGCGCCCGCGCCCCCGGCGCCCGACAAGCAGGCCACCGAGCUGGCGCUCCUGCAGCGACAACACGCGCUGCUGCAGGAGGAGCUGCGGCGCUGCCGGCGGCUGGGCGAGGAGCGCGCCACCGAGGCGGGCAGCCUGGAGGCGCGGCUCCGCGAGAGCGAGCAGGCGCGCGCCCGGCUGGAGCGCGAGGCCGAGGAGGCCCGCAGGCAGCUGGCGGCGCUGGGCCACAGCGAGCCGCCCCCCGCCGAGGCCCCCUGGGCGCGCAGACCCCUGGACCCGCGGCGCCGCAGCCUCCCCGCGGGCGACGCGCUGUACCUGAGCUUCACGCCCCCGCAGCCCAGCCGAGGCCACGAGCGCCUGGAUUUGUCUGUGACCAUUCGCUCUGUCCAUCGACCCUUUGAGGACCGAGAGAGGCAGGACCUGGGCAGCCCCGAGGAGCGGCUGCAGGACAGCAGCGACCCGGACACGGGCAGCGAGGAGGAGGGGGGCAGCCGCCUGUCCCCGCCCCACAGUCCGCGAGAAUUCACCCGAAUGCAGGACAUCCCAGAAGAGAUCGAGAGUCGUGAUGGGGAGCCUGUGGCUUCAGAGAGCUAAGGGGGCCCCUCCCUCCGUCCUGUGCCCCCAGGAAGAACACACCACAGGAGGCAAACUCUGGAGCCUCCAGUGUGCCGUCGGCAAGGGAACAUUCGAAAGAACUGUGGACUGUCCCUGCCGGCUCUGGGGCUCCUCGGACACCUGGGGCCACUCGGCUGAAGCUGGGGGGAAUUGGGCCACAGCACCUCCUGCUGGCAUCCGGGAGCUACACCACAGAUGCCAACUUUUCAUGCCUUCUUCCCUCUACUUUAGGAAAAUUUAUUUAUUUAUUGUUUAUUAGUUACACAGGGAGUGGGGAGAUUUAGAGGACCAGGGACACGGGAACCAAGCCAUAGGGAUGAGGGGGCCUUGUCCUGCAACACUACUGGGGCUUAUUCAGGCUAAACAACCCCCGCCCCCAGCAACACCUGAGAGGCGGCACCAAGGACCAGGCCACCCUUCCAGAAGGGCUGUGGGCGGGGCCGUGCUCCCCUUCCUUCCCCUGCUCACUGCUGUGCUCCCCUCUCUCCAUCCAUCGUGGAGACCCCAGGGAGCCAGCCUGGCUCCCCGGAGUCGGAGGCAAGGGAGUAGAGGGCAAGGUGGCCGUGAUGGCUCUGUUGGAGGGUGAGGGGAAAGCCCACGGGACCAGAAUGUUCUUUGUUGUUUUCUUUUUUGUACCAAAGCCAACUGCACGUGUUUUGUAUUUUUAAGAGAUGAUUGUAGGCAAUUAGAAAUCACAGCCUUCUAUCUGCGCUUAUCAGAAGAGCUUGCGGGGUGGGGGGAAUGGCGUCCCCUCACCAGCGGUAACGGGGGACCUACUCUGACCUCUUCUCCAGCCAUUUGGGAAACAAGUAGGGUGAGUUGGGGAGUCUCUGUGAACCCUGACCUCAUCCACACCUCAGCAACCGUGACUGAAACCUCAUUGUGAAUUUGGGGGAUUUUCCAGUGGACCCCCCAGUGCCCACCAGCCCCCGCCAUUUUCUGCCAGUUUGAUUGUUUAAAAAAGAAAGAAAAGAUAAAGCAAGGAAAAUUAAAGACCUGGAACCCCCACGA